GGACGUUACAGACAGACGACCCCGUUUACUUUUUCUGUUAUUGCGACCGUCGCCUCAUUAUUCCCACCCCUCACAUCAACCACCAGAUAUAUCUCUCGCCUCCUCCCGUAAUCCUUUACAACUCUCCUCUUUCGUCAUUCCUCCAACUCAAAACACACGACAGACUUGCGCUCUCCUUCAUACCCUAACGACUUGAUACCCCGACGGACCGCGCAUCUCUCACUACUCUCCUUCACUCUGCUCUACCCCCUCCACCUCCAAAUUACCCCUCACCGCAUCUAGUUGCGAUCGACGCCCGCAAAUUUCUUCACGAUGGCCAUUGGAACUGUCUUGGUUACCGGUGGUACCGGCUACAUUGGCUCCUUCACCUCCCUCACCCUUCUCCAGAACGGCUACGAUGUGGUCAUUGUCGACAGCUUGUACAACUCCUCCAAGGUUGCCGUCGACCGCAUUGAGCUGCUGAGCGGCAAGCGACCCCACUUCUACCAGGUCGAUGUCACCGACAAGGCCGGCCUCGAUGAGGUCUUCAAGAAGCACCCCGAGAUUGACAGUGUUAUCCACUUCGCCGCGCUCAAGGCUGUCGGCGAGUCUGGCGAGAUUCCUCUCGAGUACUACCGCGUCAACGUUGCCGGCACCGUCUCCCUCCUCCAGGCCAUGACGGAUAACGAUGUGCCCAACAUCGUCUUCUCUUCCUCGGCGACCGUCUACGGUGAUGCCACCCGUUUCGAGAACAUGAUUCCCAUCCCCGAGCGCUGCCCGAUUGGCCCCACCAACACCUACGGCCACACCAAGGCCUUUGUCGAACAGGUCAUCACCGAUCACAUCAACGCCGAGCGCAACAAGCUGAAGAAGGCCGGCAAGUCCUACGAGCAGUUCAACGGUGCUCUUCUGAGAUACUUCAACCCCUGCGGUGCCCACCCCUCUGGCCUCAUGGGCGAGGACCCCCAGGGCGUCCCCUACAACCUGCUGCCUCUGCUCGGCAAGGUCGCUACCGGUGACCGCGACAAGCUCCUCGUCUUCGGCGACGACUACUCUUCAAGAGACGGUACCGCCAUUCGCGACUACAUUCACGUUGUCGACUUGGCUAAGGGUCACCUGAGCGCCCUCAACUACCUCCGCGAGAACAAGCCCGGUGUCAAGGUCUGGAAUCUCGGUUCCGGCCGUGGCAGCACCGUCUUCGAGAUGAUCAAGGCCUUCAGCCACGUCGUCGGCCGCGAUCUGCCCUACGAUGUUGUCCCCAGGCGCCAGGGCGACGUCCUCGACCUGACUGCCAACCCGUCUCUGGCCAACAAGGAGCUCAACUGGAAGACUGAGGAGACGCUGGAGAAGGCUUGCGAGGACCUCUGGCGCUGGGUCAGCAACAACCCCAAGGGUUACCGCCAGGAUCCCCCCCCUGAGCUCCUUGCCAACGCCAAGCCCACGAGCGGUUAAGCAAGGGAGGACGAAAUGUAUCGGAGCAUCAGCCACAUCUUGUAAAGAAAAAGAAAAAAGUUUGGUUGCUUAUCAUAGAUGAUAGAAUUAGUGCUAUUCGCAGCGAGAGAGCCAUGAUACGACGUCCGCCAUAGAGAGGAUUUAAUUAAAAAAAAAAAGUUCAAGAUAACAUUCCCUUGCAGCGACCCUAGUUGGCCCGCUUUCGAUAUUGUCACAGAGGUGCCCUCAGUCAAUCGAGCUUGAGGA